CCCGCCCCCGCCCCCGCCCCCUCCUCCGCGGGGCGCCGCGCUCCUCCUGGCGACGGCGCAGAAGGCGGGCGGCCUCGGGGACCGCGACGGCGUGAGAGAGCUCCUGCUGCGGCAGAAGUCCCGGUUCAGCCGGCAUCUGACGUGGCUGCUGUUCCUCCGCCCGGUCCCGUCCCUCAUCCAGGAGGGCCCGCAGUGUGGUUUGGUGGCCCUUUGGAUGGCCGGUGCUCACCUCUGCCUGCCAUCUGAGGUCCCCCUGGAGAGAAUUAGGCAGGUGGCUCUUGCGAGAGGCUACACGGCACAAGGAGAAAUGUUCUCAGCUGCUGACAUGGCCAACCUGGCGGAGGAGGUCUUCUCCUGUGAAACAGAGCUGCUCUCUGGAGGCCUGCAAGGACAGAACCACGACAGGAUUCUUCAACAUCUCGGUGCUGGCUUCCCUGUGCUGAUACCCUAUGAUGAGGACUACAACCAUGAGCCCUGCCUCCGGAAUGGCUACAAGGCUCAUUGGGCUGUGGCCUCUGGAGCUCUGCUUGGUCUGAAGAGUGAUUCCCACCUGCCUGCCUGCCAGGAAGACAAGGACAUCCCGGGGCUCUUCCACGCCAGCCACACGGCUUCAGCCGUCCCUUUGGAAGCCGUCACCGAGACCUACUUGCUAUCCAAGCAGGGCAAGAGUUGCCGCUACCAGCUGUGGAGUUAUGCUCAGAUACAGCAGAGCAAUGCUCAGCUGACGGGCUUCAGUCCCAGGCGGGCGGCUGAUGGAAAAGUGUACAUUGUGCCUGCAGGUGGGGUGCGAGAGGGACUGUGUGGACAAGCAGUGCUGCUGCAGCCAAGGCCGUGAGGGUGCUCUGGUGGCACCAAGUCUGCGCUGAAAGAAGGCUGCACCUGGCUUUGCAGAAGCGCUGCUGGGCUGUUAAAGGGACUUAGACAAAUGCAUGGGAACUGCUCACAUCUAGCAGUGCCUUGAGAGAGGGACAUUAGGAGGCAAGGAAAAGAGGUUCCCUCCCUCGCAGAGCUCCAGGACACCUGGACAUGGAUGUGGAAAGACAAGCUUAUACUUGAAGCCCAUUUAUGCCAACCAACCUGGCAUUAGAACUUUGUGUUUCAGUAGAAGGAAGAACGGAGGAAAUAAGACUUUCGGGUGGCUUACAUUGCGUCUCUGCAGGGGGCUUUUUGCCUCCAGAAACUAGAACAGCUGUUCUGAUUAGUAACGAGCCCAACUUUGCAAUUGUAAGCAGGAGGGAAUAGAAAUGCAGGUGUGAAAGUCAAGUGACCACAAGCCUUUUUGCCCCUCCUGCUGCUGCUGCUGCUGUUAAUAAAGGAGCACAACUCUGCGUGGC